AUGGCGGCUACCCAAUUCAGAGGUGGCGCACUUUCUGGCGGAUUAACCACUAGAGCCAGUGACCAUAACCCAACAACUAAGAAAGCAAGGUUGUUUAAUUCAUUGAACCAAAGCGAAGCUGGUAAAUUUGGAGCACUAAGUGGUGGGAAGGAUUUGAGCAAUGCCAAUGUUGUGGGGGGCUGUAGUCUGUCUGCUACACACAGAGCACUGUGCUCCCCGCUAUUGACACGUCGCCGAAGACCCUGUUUCCCACUGGUAUCUAAUCAGUUGAGUUCUGAUGUUGGUGUCGGUUCCUCUGAGGUUAAGGAAAAGUUAGCUUUAGAGGAAGGGCAAGCUCUCAUAAAUGGAGGGAGUGAUGACCUUACCUCUCUAUCGUUGAGCAACAUUCCUAUCAGUCAAACAUAUUCUCCAGAUGUCAAACGUGAGCUGUUGAUGCUUUCUUUACCUGCAAUUUUGGGUCAGGCCAUUGAUCCCUUAGCACAGCUAAUGGAGACUGCUUACAUUGGUAGAUUGGGUUCUGUGGAGUUGGCUUCAGCUGGUAUUUCAAUGAACAUCUUCAAUUAUAUAUCAAAGCUAUUUAAUAUCCCUCUCCUCAGUGUUGCUACAUCUUUUGUUGCUGAAGAUCUUGCAAAGAGUGAAAGUAUAGCUUCUACUUCAGAAAAUGGUUGUCUAGGAGACAUUACUAAUGGUAAACCCGAAUGUACUGAUGGAGUAACUGAGAGAAAGCAGCUAUCUUCAGUGUCUACAGCUUUACUAUUAUCAGUGGGGAUUGGGAUUUUUGAGGCUGUAGCCUUGUCUUUGGGAUCUGGACUGUUUCUGAAUAUGAUGGGCAUAUCAAUGGACUCACCUAUGCGCAUUCCUGCACAACGGUUUCUUUCACUAAGAGCAUUUGGUGCUCCAGCAGUUGUAGCCUCUUUGGCUCUUCAAGGAGUUUUCCGUGGUUUUAAGGAUACAAAGACUCCAGUACUAUGUCUAGGUAUUGGUAAUCUGCUAGCUGCAUUUUUAUUACCCAUCCUUAUGUAUUAUUUUGGUUUGGGUGUAACUGGUGCAGCACUUUCCACUGUUAUAUCUCAAUACACUGUCACCUUUUUAAUGAUCUGGUUUUUAAAUAAGAGAGCUAUACUAUUGCCUCCAAAGGUGGGAUCAUUGCAAUUUGGUGGAUACAUAAAAUCUGGUGGUUUUCUUCUUGGAAGAACUCUUGCUGUUCUUACUACCUUAACAUUGGGAACGUCAAUGGCUGCUCGUCAAGGUCCAGUAGCUAUGGCUGCUCAUCAGAUAUGUAUACAAGUUUGGUUGGCUGUAUCCCUUCUAACUGAUGCAAUGGCUGCAUCUGGUCAGGCCCUGAUUGCUAGUUAUUUAUCUAAAGGUGAAUACAAAAUUGUGAAAGAAGUUGCUGACUCCGUGUUAAAGAUAGGAUUGUUCACAGGUGUUUCCUUGUCUGUAAUUUUGGGAUUAUCUUUUGGUUCUUUAGCUACGUUGUUCACCAAAGAUCCUGAAGUAUUAGUAAUUGUCAGAUCUGGGAUAUUGUUUGUCAGUGCUAGUCAGCCAUUGAAUGCUCUAGCUUAUGUUUUCGAUGGUCUCCAUUUCGGUGUUUCAGAUUUUGCAUAUGCAGCUCGCUCCAUGAUGGUAGUAGGGGCAAUAUCUUCCGCAUUUUUGCUAUAUGCUCCUUCUAUUCUUGGCCUUCCUGGGGUUUGGUUGGGAUUAACUCUCUUCAUGGGCUUGCGUGCUGUGGCAGGCUAUGCCAGAUUUCUGUCAAAAUCAGGUCCGUGGUGGUUUGUGCACACGGGCAUUCAGAAAGCCCAGCUAGCCAUUUGA